UGAAAAUGAGACCAUCGAUAUGCGUCUUGCUUGGUUAUGAAAUCUCUGACCGGGUGGAACAAGGGCCCUGAUAACACCUCUGAAGGAGACAGCAGAAAUAAUGAGUUUAGGUGCCCUGUAUAGAUUGACUUCAUUAAAGCCUUCAAAUGUACAACGUGCUCCAAACAUCAGCCCCCUGUUAACUUGCAUACAACAGCGACAAUAUGCAGCAUCCCAUGAAGCAGAUGUUGCAGUUAUUGGGUCAGGGCCGGGUGGCUAUGUGGCAGCCAUAAAAUCAGCUCAGCUGGGCAUGAAGACCGUAUGUGUAGAGAAGAAUGAUACAUUAGGAGGAACAUGCCUGAAUGUUGGUUGUAUUCCUUCCAAAGCUUUGUUAAACAAUUCACACUACUAUCAUAUGGCUCAUUCAGGCGACUUAGCGAAGAGAGGAGUAGAAGUAUCUAACUUGAAACUGAAUUUACCAAAAAUGAUGGAAGCUAAGAGUACUGCUGUGAAAGCUCUAACAGGAGGUAUUGCUCACUUAUUCAAGCAAAACAAGGUUCAGUUACUGAGUGGGCAUGGGAAAAUAACUGGACAAAAUGAAGUUACUGUGAUAAAAGCGGACAACUCUACAGAAAUUGUGAAAGCCAAAAAUAUAAUUAUUGCAACAGGAUCAGAAGUGACUCCAUUCCCAGGAAUAAAUAUAGAUGAAGAAAGAAUUGUCUCAUCUACAGGGGCAUUGUCUCUGAAGGAAGUUCCACAGAGAUUAGUCUUGAUUGGUGCUGGUGUAAUUGGUUUAGAGUUGGGAUCUGUUUGGUCAAGGUUGGGUGCAGAGGUAACUGCUGUGGAAUUUCUUCCUUCUGUUGGUGGUGCAGGAAUAGAUGGAGAAGUUUCUAAAAUGUUCCAGAGGAUAUUGACAAAGCAGGGUCUAAAAUUCAAGCUGGGAACAAAAGUUACCGGUGCUGCUGUCCAGGGAAAUGUAAUUAAAGUCAGUGUUGAAAAUGUGAAAGACUCUUCUAAAAAGGAGGAGCUGGAAUGUGAUGUCCUGCUUGUGUGUGUCGGAAGGAGACCAUACACUUCUAAUUUGGGUCUUGAAGAAAUUGGCAUCGAACGGGAUGAGAAGGGGAGAAUUCCUGUCAAUUCUAGAUUUCAGACUGUAAUACCAAAUAUUUAUGCUAUUGGCGACACUAUACAUGGUCCAAUGUUGGCUCACAAAGCUGAAGAUGAGGGCAUUGUGUGUGUAGAAGGCAUUGCUGGAGGCCCAGUGCAUAUUGAUUAUAACUGCAUUCCUUCUGUGAUCUACACUCAUCCAGAAGUUGGUUGGGUUGGUCACACCGAAGAGGAUCUGAGAAGUGAUGGUAGAGAAUACAAAAUUGGAAAAUUUCCAUUCGCUGCAAACAGCAGAGCAAAGACAAAUAAUGAUACUGAGGGCUUUGUGAAGAUCUUGGGAGACAAAGCGACAGACAGAAUAUUGGGUAUUCAUAUCAUAGGACCAGGUGCUGGCGAGUUAAUCAAUGAAGGAGUAUUAGCGAUGGAAUAUGGAGCAUCUUGUGAGGAUGUUGCAAGAGCGUGUCAUGCUCAUCCAACAUGCUCAGAGGCUCUCAGAGAAGGAUGUCUGGCUGCCUACUUUGGAAAGCCAAUCAAUUUUUAGACUGUUGUGAUAUUAAAAAAUCACAGAUCUGUAUCUGUAAGGAGAAAAUGUUAAAGAAUGAAAACUAAAGUAUUUUCACUUUUUUAUGCAUUUUGUUAAGGAAAUCAGUGAUUUUAAAUACUUUUCUGUCUUGUGUAUAGAACUGAAAUGAUACAAGCAGCAUUUUCACAUCAAUGAUUUAAAAGAAUCUUGUUAAAUUAUUUAUCAUGUUAUGUUUAUAACAUAUCUCAUUAUUGUAAAAAAUCGUGCACAUCUAGUGUAAGAAAUGAAAUCUUCACAAAUUCUUGUUGCAUUUUGGCUAAUUUAUGAAUUAAAAUGUAAGCAAAAGAUGCACUGCUUGCUGAAAUUUAGUAGUUUAAUGACAUUGCAAUAUUUUAUACAUAGAAGAAAAAGGCUACCUAUGUGCAUUAUGGUAUGACGCAGACUCUUGAUGGAAACCACGCACUUACCAUUCCAAUGGAACAAUGUGUCAUUGUGAUGGGACACUGGACGGCUGUUCAAAUCUUUGAUCAGCUGUACAGAUGUUCGUCUCCUGUAGUUUCCCAAAAUUACUUCGGGCAAAAGCCUUUAAAAGGAGGUAGCUGAUUUCCUUCACCUAUUCAAGCUUGUACUCUGUCUGUAAUGAUGGAUGGGAUGUUUUGAACUCUAAUCUUCCUUCUGUCAAGGUAAAGAUUCACUUGCAAAACAUCAUUUUGGCUCCUUGAACUUCUCUUUUAAACAAGCAUUGCAAUUUUUUGCUGAACUCAGUUUGGUGUUCAAAACUGAAGACCGACACUAAGAAGCAUGUGCAUGUUUUACUGUGGAUGUUCGCAGCCCAGUGUUUUUUCUCCAAGGUUAGGAAGUAAUGCUCCUUGUAUUUGUGCUUAGAUUGCAUAAUGUCCAUGUAAAAGGGACAUGGGUAUGAAAUUACUGCUAAGUGUAGAAUCGUAAGAAACUUCUUUUAUACAAUGUUCUCAAGAUUUUUUGAAAGGAAUCUGUCAUACCCUUAUGCAACAAAUUGUUAGUAUUUGCUUAGAGUAAUUUAAGAAAGUCACGGAAGACGUUACUUUGAAGAGCUGUUUGGAUUGAAUGUUUGUAGCUUCCGAGUGGCUAUGCACUCCUCUUUUUCCCAUUUUAUUGUGUGUGGAAGGGUAGAGGGGGUGCUCCCCCUCCCCCUGCACAAUCCAUUGUAUACAUAUACUAAGUGAGGUGGCACAGUGCAGUAAAUUUAAGCAUUACCACCUAUAUCGGAUUGGGACAUUGAAGCCAAGAAAGGGUGUCACCUGCCUUGUGCUCCAAAGAAAUUGUUCAAAACUUCAUCCAGCAACACAGACUGUUUUUCUGUGGUUUCUCUAAACUGCUUAACACAAAUGCCAAGACAUCCGUUUUUUUAAAAAGACAAAGUUGAUUUCCUUCCUUAUCCUAGUUGAGUGAGAGCUUGUCCUAUCUCUUUGACCUUGAGGUUGACAUGAUGUUGAAACAUCAUCUUCCUUCCUUCUUUCCACUGUUUGUCCUCCCACUUCAAGUUCAACUGAACCUUGCAUUUUUUUAUGUAAAUAGUUGAUUUUAUAUGCAGUUGUGAAAGGAUGCUGAUCCUGUUUGUUAUAGACUGAAUAGGAAGUAGCAAGGAAAGUUAACGUGGUGCAAAUUUGUGAUGGAUAUGCUAUUUGCAACUACAGCUGGAACUGUUACAGGUUUAUUGUUAAAGCAAAAGCUGGAAUGAAACUUUAUCAUGCAAAUGUGAGUACAAGCACCACUAAUCUCUAAGAACUGGAUUUGUGUUCCUUUGUGUUGUCAAAUUUGGAACACAUUUUCCAAUUACUAUUACUAAAAUAAAUUGAAAAUAAUUUUUAGUAGAUAUUGUGUUGCUUUUAUGAACUACUUCUCCAGUGUCUCCCUCGUACAUGUUAAUGUGUACAUUUUGAGGAUUUCUUCUUUUUUUUUUUUUUCCUACCUGUAUGUUCAUUUUGAGGAUUUCUUUUUUCCCUACCUGUAUUUACAUUUGUUUCUAGAAGACCUCUUGUGAGUAUGAUGUUCUGUGAACAUUACGUUCUUUGCAGUUUCACACGUCAUAUUUUCAUAUCCGUAGUGUGAUAUAUUGCAUCUACUGUUUGAUUAAAAGGAAAGCAUUGAAAUGAAAUUUGUGUAACUAUAUGCAAUACCACUGUAAACUACCACAAAAAUAUUGAGUUAAAUGCACUGAAAUGAAACAAAUGGAUCAGAGAGGAUGAAAUCAAUGAAGUUGUAAUGACAUGAAAUAUGAUCACAUCCUGUUCAGAUAUUCAGAACCUACAAAGUAAAUAACACAGUAAUAACUGAAAAUUUGUGGCAGCACACGUUUCGAAUCUAAAUGUUCUGCAUGUAUCGAGCAGUUGCUUUAACUAUUAGGUGUUUGAGCUCAUUUCCAAGCACCACUGGCUUGCAUUUUUGCUGAUUUUUCCACCUAUGAUUUCCAAAUACUCUUGUCAGAGAUUGUUCCAUGUGGUGUAUGGGAAUAAUGCAACUGGGGAAAGGAGUCUGGGGAGGACUGUGGCUAUUCCUUUAGAAAAGUCUGGUAGGCUGUGAUCACUGAUUAUGUCAAGUGUUAUCUUCCACACGGUGAUGCUCACUUUUUCCACUGUAGAAUCCUCUAGUGUCCACAAAAAAAAGGAAUGUAAUGCUUUCCAUAGUGGUCUGUAAUGCAGAUGUGGCAAUUGCUGUUAUCCAAACCUGUGUGACAGAGAUUCAAUAAUGAAAUUAUGUUGUCGAUUAGCAAAUAAUUUUGUGUUCAUGUGAGCCUGAAACACUUAACUUUUCACUCAAAUUUAUAGUGGAAGGAUGAAUUUCUCAGGCUGUUUUUUGUCACUUUUCCUUUUGUUUAUUACCUACUGUUUUUGCAUGUGUUUCUCAUUAUUUUUAGUACGGUAACUGAAACUGGAUAACUUCUAAAUUAGUUUAGAUCUUUUGAAUCACUAUGGGAAUACCCAAACUAAAUGUAGAAAUGUUGUUGAAAUAUCGGACAGAGACUUAAAAAACUGCAUUUCGUCCACAAACAUUCUCCAGUUGUGAAAUGUAUGCAAACUUAGUGCAGUAUUGGGUGUUGCAAUCUUUUUCCAAUUGUAAUGAUUUUUAAAACCAGUAUGCACCUCCAUUUUGUUGUUUCAUCACUUAGGCCGAGUAGCUAGGUUUCUCCCUCCUUUUAUGCAUUGGAGGUACCUAAGAAAGAAUGCUGAAUAACAGCUUUCCUGUGAUUCUUUAUAUUCCUUUCUCAAAUAUCUUGUACACUGCUGUACAAAUCUUGAGGAUGAAAGUGACUUUCGCAUGACAUGUCACUGCCAAGUAUCUUGAUGAAACUUGGACCCUAUGUAGGAGCUCCUACUGAAUAAUACAGAGGGUAACUGAAAUAUGAAAUGAUGAUCAUAGUUAAUAACUUUUCUGGGUGCAUGACAUGUUCCAACCCUCUCCAUAUGACAGUAUGUCCAGCAUUGUCGAACGUGAUCAUUUUGGUGGUCCAGGUGUUGUGGUGUGGGGAGAAGUAAUUAUGAACGGGUGCACUGACCUCCAAAUCUUUGAACAUAGUACACUCACCUGUAAGUGGUGUUAUGGCACUGUACUCCAUCCCCACGUGUGUCUUUUCAGAGGUGUAUUCAACCAAGACUCCAUUUUUAUGGAUGACAAUGCACAACUACAUCAAACAACAAAGGUGGAAGAGCUCUUGGAAUGAGAGGGACUGGUCUGCCCCUUUCUCUGACUAAAAUUGCUUUGAGCAUGUGAGGGAUGCAUUGGGGAGAUGUAUUAAAGCACAUUUACAUGCACCAAUGACAUCCAGCAAUUUUCAGCCAUGCUGGUGGAGAAAUGUAAUACCCUACUACAAGAACUCCCAGCAUGGGGGCACAUUGCAGAGCAUGCGUUGGUGUCCAAGGUAAUCACAGCCAAUUAAAGAACUGUGUCCCAUCUUUGUUAAUGUCCAGGGGACCAUCAUGAAUUGCUGUGAUAUCAGUGGCAUUAUUGUCUUUGUAUACACAAGUGUCAUUUCUGUUCAUCUAUUGUAUAUCUCUUUCAGUUACAUUUUGUAUUAUACUGUAGCAGCUCUUUCUGUGUAUAGUCCAAGGUUCAUUGGACUAUGUUACUUUGCGGUGACACAGGCAAGAGUUACUUUCAUCCUUAAGUUUCACACACCAAUUUUUAUGCUUUGUCACGUCUCUUGCUGACAAUUUUUUUGCUCUUGUGGGAUCUAGGCAAAAGUUUUAGAGAGAUAGGUAUGUCUUAUUUCAAAUAUUGGAGCAGAUAUUUGCCUUGGCUUCUUAAGAGGCACAUAACUAUUUCAGAUUCGACAAACUUUAUAUAUGGGAAUGUCAAGUUCUUAUUUCAUAAAAUCAUAGCUAAACACAAAGAUUUUAAUGUAGUAUGCACUAACAGUUUGAAGUAAGAGGGCUCCUUUGGUUGUUCUUCCUGAUCAUAUUUUCAGGAUUUCCCUUAAUAAUGAGUACACAGUAUGUAGUGCAUGACUGCAACCACUGAUCAGGUGUCAUCAGAGACCAAAAGUUUGUCAUUUGCUUAAAUUCCACAAGUGCCGUACAAGUGUUACGGCAAAUAUAUCCAUUGGAGAGAGUAACGCAAAAGGUAUGACACACACUUAUACUUCAACAGCAGGAAAACCUGUUAUUCUCCAAUUAACAUAGCCAGUGGUAACUUGGGGGAAAUAGGCAAGUAGCCAAGGAUGCAUCCAGUGAACACUUGCCAUUCUGCUGUAUCCUGACAUUACUUAUUCUGUCCUUUGUUGUUAGUUACAAAAUGCAACAAAUGUUUGCAUUUACAGUCUGUCCCUCUGAACAAUGGGUUAUUAUGUACAGCAUACAUUUACUGGAAGGAGAGCUGCAUAUUUAUAUUUUUCUCUGUAUCGUAUCUUUAUUGCCCUCAAAUUCAGUGAGCUGUCCUUCAGAAGUAAUAGAGUAUUACCCACUUUCAUGUUUCCCACCAUUUACGCAGUUUAUUUAUUUUUCCUGAUCCCUUUAAAUUUUCACAAUGGUACUGAUAACCUGGAUUUUACAUUUCUGAAAUUUUGUAUUUCUCACUGUUUACACCACGCCUGGGAGUUCAACUUGAAAAUGUUGAGCAAAAGGAAUUUUUCAGCUUUCGUGCAGGCUCUAUAAGAGUGCUCUCUUUAAAAUGUGUAGUUCGAACUGCAUAUAAUUCAUGAAGAUUGGGAAAAUCUGAGCCCCCGAGCUGAAAUAUCGAACAAACACUUGACAAGUGAACUUAAUUAAAUGUUAUUUUUGUGUACUGUUAUCAACUUCAACAUUUCUGAAACAAUGCUACUUAUACUGUAAAUCAUUGUUAGGUAACGAAACUCGAUUUUGGGCCUAUUUUACCAAAACACAACUUUCUUCUUAGUAUAUAAGCUUUCUGUAGGUAUUAAAAAUGCUCAGGUGCCAUAUAUUACAACUAAAGCUGGGUGUAUGGUUUGAAGGUAUCAUAAAUAUGCUGCAUCCCACGCAUGAUUUGUAAGUGAUGUCAUAGCGUGAGCCGAUAGUCGAUAGAAUCUGUAGCGUUUUUGUCGGUAAAGUUUCUCAUUUGGUGAUUAUUAUUUUUGCUGUUGAGGCGUAAAAGUUGUUAUUGGUGAUUUAUUAAUUUAUUUCAUUUGCCACAAUCUCUUUUGUUUCUUGGAUCGUUUUCUUGUUAAUCUUCAUGUGUUACAGUAUUUUUGUUGUUUUGUUAUCAGUUCUUUCUGACCAAUGGAGAGAAAAGAAAGAAACUUUUACUGUGGAAAAGGUCCAGAUUUUGGAGAAAGUGGAUUUCGUGGAACAUGAGUAGCAGUUGCACACAAAUUGCAACUUUUAGUAUCAAUGCUGAAUUCAGUUGGGGAAAAAAGGAAAUGUCAUAUCUAGUGUUACAGAAAAUGGGCCAAAUGCCAAAAAAGUGAAGGUACGUGACUGCUUAAAAUAUGACGAUUUGGAGGAAGUAACGAAAUGCUGAUUUGAGAUGUCAUGGACAGCAGGUAUUCCAAUUGAUGCGUGCUUUUAAGGGAGAAAGCACUUAAAAUGGCUAACAUUGUUGGCAUUGAGAAUUGCAGUGCCUCCAAUGGAUGGAUUGACAGUUUUAAAAGACGAAAUCUCUUACAGAACUGUCCCUAGCAAAUCAAAUGAUGUAGACAGUGAUGGUGUCCAGCAGAGGAUAAAUGAAAAAUUAGAGAUUUAAAUUGAUAAAUAUGAAGCAAAAACCAGUUAACAUUUACAAAAUUGAACUUUUUUAAUGUGUUACCAAAACAAACAUUCGGCAUUCAAAGGGGUUGAAUGCCAUGAUGGCAAACAUUGUAAACUGAGCCCAGCAUUGAUGUUAGGAGCCUAAUGCUGGUGGCUGAGGAGCUCCAGCCCUUUGCGAUAGGGUAAUAAAAAAAAGCUUUAUUGUUUUUAUAAGUAUAGGUUCACUUCCAACUUCAUAUGAUGUCAACCAAACAGCUAGGGUGACCUCACUUCUUUUUUAGAAAAUAGUUAGCUGCAUUUGGUGUGACAAUGGAAGCUCAAAAUAGAAGGAAAAAAAAAAAAAACACACUUCUUUUUGUUGGUUAGUCCUGCACAUCCUAUCGAUAUGAACUUAUGAAAUGUGCAGUUACAAUUUUUCCCAGCUAGCUGCGCAAGCAAACUGCAGUGUGUGGAUUUGGGAAUUAAACACCCCUUAAAGUCAUUUUAUAGGAAGAACCUUGUUCAAAGAAUUCCGUCCAUGAUGAAGUCGAGGAUGGAUCUCACAUCUAGCAAGACUUCAGUGCUGUAAGCACAGCAUUUCAUCAUUAAGUCAUGGAAGGCUGUGAAGGAGAAUACAACAAAGAACUGUUUUUUAAAAGCAGGCUUCUUUAAAGAUAUGUGUCAGCUGCCAGACCGAGGAGGAGGAGGAGGAGGAGGAGGAGACAGCGGCUUGCUUCCUGCUGUAUGGGAAACACUGCAGCCAAAGUGCUCUUUUAAUGAAUUUCUACAGUUAAACUACAAUGUUGUAACUGCAGAGGAACAAACUGUAGAGGAAUUAGCUGCAGAAAAAUUGUCAGCUAAUUCCUCUCUGUGAUGUGGAAGAAGAA